AAUAAAUAAAACAAUAAGUUUCAUUAGUUUAAUAAAAUUAAGAUGGUUAUAAAAUCAUCAAGGAUGAAUGAUUACAGGAUCAAAAUAAUUGUUCAGAAAUGGCAAAGAAAGCGUUACUGAUUGGGAUCAACUACGUGGGAACGAAGGCGGAGCUACGAGGCUGCGUCAACGACGUCCGUCGGAUGCAUAUAAGCCUCGUAGAACGGUACGGAUUCUCCGAGAAGAACAUCAAACUGUUGAUCGACACAGAUAACUCUACGAUCAAACCGACCGGCAAGAACAUCCGACAGGCGUUGUUGGAUCUCGUUGAACCGGCGAAACCGGGUGAUGUUCUCUUCGUCCAUUACAGUGGACACGGGACGAGGUUGCCCGCCGAAACUGGGGAAGACGAUGAUACUGGCUACGAUGAGUGUAUUGUUCCUUCCGACAUGAAUCUCAUCACAGAUGAUGAUUUUAGGGAUCUUGUGGAUAUGGUGCCAAAGGAUUGCCCCAUUACAAUCAUCUCAGACUCUUGUCACAGUGGUGGCCUCAUCGAUGAAGCCAAAGAGCAGAUUGGAGAGAGCACAAAGAAGAAAAAGAAGGAAGACUCUGGAGACUCCUCAAGGGUCAGCAAGGAGACAGAAGAAGAAGCAGAGACCAAGGAGGUUAAUGAAAUGGGGAACAGAUCUCUGCCACUAGAGACUUUGAUCGACAUGCUGAAGCAAGAAACAGGGAACGAUGAUAUCGAAGUAGGGAAAAUCAGAACUACUCUUUUCGAUAUGUUUGGAGAAGAUUCAAGUCCCAAGGUGAAAAAAUUCAUGAAUGUCAUCCUAAGCAACCUACAAGAGACUGCUACUGGUCAAACCAGUCAAGGUGAGAUAUUGGAGACAAUUGGGAAACUGACUCAGGAGUUUCUUGAGCAGAAGCUAAACGAUGAUGUGAAACCGGUGAUCCAAGAGGUCUACGCAGGUGCAAUCAAUGGUGCACUUCCGGAUAACGGUAUACUGAUCAGUGGUUGCCAAACUGAUCAAACUUCUGCUGAUGCGAGCCCACCGGGUCACCCGGAAUUGGCUUAUGGAGCACUAACCAAUGCUAUACAGAUCAUAAUUAAGGAGACAAACGGUAAGAUUAGUAACAAAGACCUUGUUUUGAAGGUUAAGAAACUUCUGAAGAAACAGGGGUUUGAACAACGACCGGGGCUGUACUGCAACGAUGGUUACGUGAAUGCUCAGUUUAUAUGUUAAAUGAAGUUGGAGGGCUUUGUUGUUUGUUGAUUUGCUUUCGUGUGGAAUAAGUUUUGUGAUUUGGGUAGUGUCUUGUCUUUUGUAAAGUUUUAAUUUGAAUAAUGCCUGAGUGUGUGUUUCGCUCAUUGGUUUGGUAAGACAUUUUAUUGUUUGGUAAUGGACGUUUCUUAUAUUAUACCGUUUUCAAGUUCUUGGUUUAUUAUCGGUCUUAUGGUCUUAUCCCUAUUUUUGUUUCCCGAAUGUUAUUAUAACCUAUCUUGUGGGACAAGAAACAUAAUACUUAAAAAAAAAAAAUGAUAUGGAAUCCGUUGGUUACUUGGUUUGACGAAUAAGAAGCGACGUGUUGACAGACGAUGAUAAUAAUUGAUCUAUAAUAGAAAAUGGGAUUGUCUGCGCCUGCAAGAGAGUGAGAAGGUGUACACAAUAACAAGACACAUUUGCGUAAUUAUUAGUUGGUUAUAGAUUGCUUAAAGUUAUUUCCUUACUUAUUUCUCACAAUCUAUACAUGUUUUGUACGUUUUAGCUUUUGUUUGGAAGGAAGAACAAGCCAUAGAUUUUUUAACUGUAACUGUUAAAC